AUGGCGAUUUUGUUAUGGCUGAACUUUGCAGCAGCACCACCAGAGGCGAGAGGAUGUCGGCCUCGCUUUGUAUGCAGUCAGAGCCCUGUUAGGCUUUGCUCUGUGAGGGCCUUUGCUCUGGCCAGGGACACUGUGUUUUCUGGUUCUAAUGCUGAUGGAAUCCUUUACACGGAGUCAUCCACGCGGCUCUCUGUGGCUGGAAUUCCUGCGUUUGAAGAGUGCCAUAAAAUCCUGUUGGUGCAGCUGACACUGCGUCAUCCUCUCCCACUGGAAGUAUUUGGCUACCGGACUCAAGGCUGCCGACAAGCCCUCUGUCUUGCUGGAUCCAUCUUCUCAUUUGGAAUUCUCCCCUUGGUGUUUUACUGGAGACCGGCUUGGCAUGUGUGGGCAAACUGUGUCCCGUGUUCCUUGCAAGAAGCAGACGUCGUGUUGCUGAGGACAACAGACGAAUUCCAGACUUACUCUCGGAAAAAGGUGACAUGGAUCGACCUGGCAGCAUUAGGCAGUGCCUUCGGUCUCACUCCUGACCACCCUGUCAUUGCUGACGAGGAGUAUAUCAUAAACAGAGCCAUCAGAAAGCCGGACCUAGAGGUGAGAUGCAUAAAAGUGCAAAAAAUAAGAUAUGUUUGGAACAAUUUGGAAGAACAGUUUCAGAAAAUUGGUUCUUUGGAAGACUGGCUCAGUUCUGCCAAGAUACACCUAAAAUUUGGAUCAGGUCUAACAAGAGAAGAACAAGAGAUUAGGAGGUUGAUAUGUGGACCUAACACCAUUGAUGUUGAAAUCACACCAAUUUGGAAACUGCUCAUCAAAGAGGUUCUAAAUCCAUUUUACAUAUUUCAACUCUUCAGUGUCUGUCUGUGGUUUAGUGAAGACUAUAAGGAAUAUGCUUUUGCCAUCAUAAUCAUGUCCAUCAUUUCCAUAGCUUUGACAGUGUAUGAUCUCAGAGAGCAAUCUGUAAAACUCCACCGUCUAGUUGAGUCACACAAUAGCAUUACAGUCUCUGUUUGUGGGAGAAAAGAUGGAGUCCGAGAGUUGGAAUCCCGCUUCCUGGUGCCUGGAGAUUUAUUAAUUUUGACAGGGAACAAAGUACAAAUGCCAUGUGAUGCCCUUCUGAUUGAUGGCAGUUGUGUGGUAGAUGAAGGCAUGCUGACAGGAGAAAGUAUUCCAGUCACUAAAACUCCGUUACCCAAGAUGGAUAGCGCUGCACCCUGGAAAACACAGAGUGACACAGACUACAAGCGGCAUGUCCUCUUCUGUGGGACAGAGGUCAUCCAGGCCAAGGCCACUUGCUCCGGGACUGUGAGAGCCGUGGUGCUGCAGACCGGAUUCAACACUGCAAAGGGCGACCUCGUGAGAUCAAUUUUGUAUCCCAAGCCAAUGAACUUCAAGCUCUACAGAGAUGCCAUCAGGUUUCUCCUGUGCCUCGUAGGGACAGCCACCAUCGGCAUGAUCUAUACUCUGUGUGUCUAUGUGCUCAGUGGGGAACCUCCUGAAGAGGUGGUGAAGAAAGCCCUUGAUGUCAUCACCAUCGCGGUUCCACCAGCUCUACCUGCCGCUCUGACCACGGGCAUCAUCUAUGCCCAGAGGAGGCUGAAGAAGAGAGGCAUCUUCUGCAUUAGCCCCCAGAGGAUCAAUGUAUGUGGACAAUUGAACCUUGUCUGCUUUGACAAGACAGGCACCUUAACCAGGGAUGGCUUGGAUCUCUGGGGAGUCGUGCCCUGUGAUAGGAAUGGCUUCCAGGAAGUCCACAGCUUUGUCUCAGGCAAGGCUUUGCCGUGGGGCCCACUGUGUGCGGCCAUGGCCAGCUGCCACUCUCUCAUCCUCCUUGAUGGGACCAUCCAGGGAGACCCCCUGGACCUCAAAAUGUUUGAAGCCACCACCUGGGAAAUGGCUAUUUCUGGGGAGGAUUUCCACAUCAACGGAGUACCCGCACAUGCCAUGGUGGUUAAGCCCUGCAAAACAGCCAGCCAGGUCCCAGUGGCAGGAAUUGCAAUCCUGCAUCAAUUCCCGUUCUCAUCAGCACUGCAGAGGAUGACAGUGAUCGUCCAGGAAAUGGGAGGUGACCGGCUGGCAUUCAUGAAGGGAGCACCAGAGAGGGUGGCCAGCUUUUGUCGUCCUGAGACAGUACCAACUAGUUUUGUUAGUGAACUUCAGAUUUACACGACACAGGGUUUCCGAGUCAUAGCACUGGCCUACAAGAAGCUGGAAACUGACCAUCACACAACUGCCUUGACAAGGGAGAAGGUAGAAUUCGACCUCAUAUUCCUGGGAUUACUGAUCUUGGAGAAUCGGUUGAAGGAAGAGACAAAACCUGUCUUGGAAGAACUCAUCUCAGCCCGGAUAAGGACUGUAAUGAUCACAGGUGACAAUCUUCAGACUGCAAUAACAGUGGCCAGGAAGUCUGGGAUGGUUUCUGAAAGUCAGAAGGUCAUUCUCAUUGAGGCAAAUGAAAUGACUGGAUCAUCAUCAGCAUCUAUAUCCUGGACAUUAGUGGAGGAGAAGAAACACAUUGCAUAUGGGAAUCAGGACAAUUACAUUAACAUCAGGGAAGAAGUCUCUGAUAAUAGUAGAGAAGGAAGUUACCAUUUUGCUCUAAGUGGACAAUCCUUCCAUGUUAUAAGUCAACAUUUUAGCAGCCUUCUUCCAAAGAUACUGAUCAAUGGGACCAUCUUUGCAAGAAUGUCUCCUGGGCAGAAAUCCAGUCUGGUGGAAGAGUUUCAGAAACUGGAUUACUUUGUAGGUAUGUGCGGUGAUGGAGCCAAUGACUGUGGGGCUUUGAAAAUGGCUCAUGUGGGCAUCUCUUUAUCAGAGCAGGAAGCAUCUGUGGCAUCACCUUUCACUUCCAAAACUCCAAACAUUGAGUGUGUACCUCACCUGAUCAAGGAAGGACGUGCAGCUCUCGUGACCUCAUUUUGCAUGUUUAAGUACAUGGCUCUGUACAGCAUGAUUCAGUAUGUUGGUGUUCUGCUGCUCUACUGGGAGACAAACAGCCUUUCAAAUUACCAGUUUCUGUUCCAGGAUCUGGCCAUUACAACUCUUAUUGGGGUAACAAUGAAUCUGAAUGGUGCCUACCCCAAGCUGGUGCCUUUUAGACCUGCAGGACGGCUGAUCUCCCCACCUCUGCUACUCUCUGUGAUCUUUAACAUUCUUCUCAGUCUGCUUAUGCAUAUCGUAGGCUUUGUCCUGGUUCAGAAGCAGACGUGGUAUUCCAUCGAUGUGCACAGUGCUUGCACAGUGCAAAAUGAAACCAUCUCAAAGUUAGCCAUUUCUCCAACUGCUCCAGAAAAGCCUGGAAGUAAUGGCGUCUUCAUGAGUUUUGAGAACACUACUAUAUGGUUCUUGGGAACAAUCAACUGUAUCAUUGUGGCUCUUACAUUCUCUAAAGGAAAACCGUUUAGACAGCCUACCUAUACGAAUUACACGUUUGUCCUUGUGCUGAUCAUCCAGCUGGGGAUGUGUCUGUUCAUUCUCUUUGCUGACAUUCCGGAACUAUACAGGCGUUUGGACCUGCUCUGCACUCCUGUCCUGUGGAGGGUCUACAUCGUGGUCAUGCUCAGCUCCAAUUUCGUUGUGUCCCUGGUGGUGGAGGAGGCCAUUAUUGAAAAUCGAGCCCUGUGGAUGUCAAUCAAAAAGUGUUUUGGCUACAAAUCAAACAACCAGUAUCGGAUAUGGCAGAGGGAGUUGGCAAACGACCCCAGUUGGCCCCCGCUAAACCAGACCUCCUUCUCUGAUUUGCCAGGGUGUGGCAGGGAAGUGUCUUACAGCAAUCCUGUGUUUGAGAGCAAUGAGGAACAAUUCUAA